UUUUGUAAAAUUUUUAUUUAUGAUAAGAAAACGCGUGUGCAUACUUAUAAUCUACGCAAAUAAAAUCGAGUAAAAUAUGCCCGUGAAUGAAUCCACACAUAAAUAAUAAACCUGAAGUAAUAAAGCCCGGUUGGGAACAUCAUUAACCACAUUCGGAACCGCUAAUUAAUCUACUGCUAUUAUAAUUACAAUAAGCUGGAAUUUUCCAAGCACAAUGUAUCACAUAGGAGCUAAUAAACCAACAAGUAGAACUCAUGAUCGGACCAUCUCAGAUAUUUUUGACGGAUUAGCUCAAAUAUUAAAUGAACUAUCAACUAUAAGGAGAACUCUCGCAAAAAAUCUAAUAUUCCAAAAUCUUCCGUUUUAUGAAACUCUGAAAGUAUUGAUCAGACCAAUAGAAUUAUCAUCAACAAACCCUUUUUACCAGAACAUUUACCUCAGUUUAACCUCUCAAGAAGUUAAUGAUAUUUGUCAGUCUUGCUGUCAAGUAAAUGGAAAAAAUAUUUAUAAUGUGAAGGUAUUUGUGCGUUUUGUUAGAAACAUCCCCAAUUGGACUCAACCAGAUUCCUUGCCACAAGAUUUGAAAAUUUGGAUAAACAACGACUACUGUGAUCUAUCCACACUUGCUCCUGAGAAGUAUAAGUCUGAAUAUUAUGAUUCGCCAUUAGAUAUCACCUCGUUAUUGAAAUUAUCCUAUGUUAAUAUUAAUAAAAUUGAAAUAAAGUGGCAUCCUUCAGUAAGUCCAUUCGUCAUCGCAGUUUAUCUGGUAAAAACAUUGACCAGCCAUGAUCUGUUCACUAAAUUAUCAGCUAAAGAUGUUCGAAGUGCGGACUAUACUCGAAGUGCGAUCAAGAGCAAGUUUGAAAAAGACAGCGAAAUAAUUCCAACUGCUGUAGAGAUAUCUCUGAUCUGUCCUCUGAGUAUGAAAAGAAUCGUAACUCCCUGUCUCUCUACAAAAUGCCAACAUCUCCAGUGUUUUGACGCUGAAGCCUUUCUGCAAGUGAACGAGAAAGCUCACAAUUGGAAGUGUCCGAUUUGUGAUUCGUUUGCAGAUUUUGAUAAGUUGGUAAUCGAUGACUUCUUCAGGAAAAUUUUAUCGUCGAAGAAAUUGACCGGUGAUGAUAUACGAUUGCUCCAGGAUGGUUCGUGGGAAAACGCUGGCAGUACAAAGACCAUCGAUUUGGAUGCUACUAUUGAUGUUGAAGAUAAUGAUACUAUUCUGAUAGAUGACUCGGAUGACUCGGUGAUAAUCGAUUCCACUGAAGAAUACUUCAGGGAGACAAAAUUGUUCUUGUAAUUGUCAUUGUGAUGAACCUGAUAUUGUAGUUAUAAAGAAAACAGCUUAAAUUUUUUGGGUUUAUUAAUCAAUAAUUUAAAUAUAAUUGCUAAAUUUUUGAGUUUGGAAUAUAUCAAGCUGGUA